AUGAGCAGUUUCUUUUGUUGCUUUGGAAAGCCUUCUGAAGAGGAAAGCUGUGAAGAUUCGAAGCCAAAGGAAGCGAUACCUCCGUCCGUUCAGUCAUCCUCUCCAAACACAAGAACCGGAUGUUGCUGUUACCGUUGUCUCAUGACUCGCUGCCAAAAUCGUGGACAGGGAAGAAGUCGGUAUAUGUUUUUAAAGAAAGCGCCGAAGGUUCGCGAUGCCGCUGUUGACACGGAAAUCGACUUCGGAAUCGUCCUCCACGAUUUCUUCAAAGCAGACCAUAACGAUUGUUUUGGCGAAACGGAAAACAUUGACGAGCCCGAGAUGAGAGAUCACAGAUAUGCCAGUCUUCAGUUCGAUUCGAAACCAGGCAAAUUGAAAUACGUCGAGGGAAGCCAAGUGUUUUAUGUCGAGGUUCGAGACAAAAAAAUGGUCCAGUUUAGGAAGAAUUCCUUUGAUAAGAGUAUUUCGGAGGAGGAGGAACUUGGAAUGGAUUCCGAUUUGUCCGCAGAUAUUCUCUGCGAUAAUAGAUCAGAAUCCCAACGUCGCCUUCUCUACGAACUAGAGACGAAAUCCCGCAAAAGGUUUGCUGAUAAUUCUAACCAUGGAAUUGUUUAUGUGUCAAAUAAAUGCAGUCCUGCGAAUUCGAUAGAUAGCUUAACAGAUAAGAGGAUAAAUCGUCCUUCUCUGGGCAAUAUUGAAGAAGGCCAAGAGCAAUAUGGAGAGUAUAAUUUGUCCCCUGUCAAGCUUCCAAAUAUGACUUCUAAAGACCCUUAUAACAUUGAUGGGGGUCAUUUUGCUCGGUGUGCUGUGACCCCGGACGAGGUUGACAUUGAAUAUGUUGAUUCUAACAAGAGGUCAGAAUGUUCAUCCGCUUCCGUCAGUGUGCAAUCUUGUAGUCAGAUCGCUCAAGACGAACCGGAAGAAGAAAACAGACAAGAGAACUGUGAAGAGUCGGAAUUUGCCGAUAUCAGCAGCCAGUCUAUACCGGAAGCACAACAACCGUCAGACCAGGGGCUGUAUACGCCCACGCUGACCGCAUCCAGUGAGAGCACCGAUGAAAGAUCAAUACCUCACGAGUAUUUUCAGAAAUCGCUAUUUACACUCGAUUGGCCUCUGCCGAAGAAAUUGACUGAGGAUUCAUCGACGUUGCUGAUUACGGAUCACCCGUGUUCCCUGACGUCAAUCGAAAAGAAAGAAAAACCGGCCCAAGAAUCCUCUUCUUGUCCAGAGAUGUCCAUUAGAUCGGAGACUAUUUAUUCGUCAUCUCUCUCUACAAUUACCAGCAGAGAUAACAGUAUAACUGCCGAAACGACAAAUAUUGAAGCUGGCCGUUCAACAAGUGCCGAAACUCAAACGGAUCUGUUUGACGAUGAUAAUUUGAGUGAUAACACUGCCACCGUGGAGAUGCCAAAACAUUCUGUUAAUUCUGUCUAUACAGAAACGGAAUGCGAUAGCCGAGACGACGACACACUGGAGGAAUCCUCCAAAAAAGACACGGAUCAAGUUAGCAGUAGCAAAAUCAACAGUGGCACAGACAGUAAUAACUCUGAAAACGAUCAAAGUACGAGUUAUCUUGAGAAUCUAAGUAGCACUGACAGUGAUUGUGAGUUGAGCUUGGGCGGAAGUGAUAGUUCCUCAAACAGUAACGCGCCUCAGAAAAAGAAAUCACUUUCUAAUAGCUCGGACACUUCUAGUUCGACGAGCAGUUCAAGCAGUAAAUCCGUGCGCAAGUUAAAUCAAACAGCUCACAGAGACAAGGAACUGGACAAAGCUAGACAUAAAAAAAACAGUUCUUCAAGUAGCUUAGAGGCUAGCAGUAGCAACUCGAGCAGCAGUUGCACACUUAGUAGCUCUUCGAGUAUUUGUAGCAGUUCAGGCUUAAGCAAUCGGAGUGACAGUCCAAAAGAAGGCUCCAAUGAGGAACUUCGAAACGCUAGUUUGCUAGAUAACAUAAUCUUUUUCUAUCUAUCUAUCUAUCUAUCUAUCUAUCUAUCUAUCUCACGCAAUCUGUUCAUAACUAUCUAUUUAGCUAUCUAUAUCAAUAUUUUAUAUCUAUCUAUUUCACUCUAUCUGUUCAUAUCUAUUUAUCUAGCUAUCUAG